GAGAAGAGCUGGGUCGGCUGGGAGAAAGGCAGAGAGGAUGGCAGAGUCUGGGACCCUGCCCACCGGCUUCGGGGAGCUGGAGGUGCUGGCCGUGGGGACGGUGCUGCUGGUGGAAGCUCUUUCUGGCCUCAGCCUAAACAUCCUGACCAUCCUCUCUUUCUGCAAGACCCCAGAGCUGCGGACCCCCAGCCACCUGCUGGUAUUGAGCUUGGCGCUGGCCGACAGCGGGAUCAGCCUGAACGCCCUCGUUGCAGCCACGUCCAGCCUCCUCCGGCGCUGGCCCUACGGCUCGGAAGGCUGCCAGGCCCACGGCUUCCAGGGCUUCGUCGCGGCGCUGGCCAGCAUCUGCAGCAGCGCAGCCAUCGCCUGGGGGCGCUAUCACCACCACUGCACCCGCAGCCGACUGGAUUGGAACACAGCCGUCUCCCUGGUGUUCUUCGUAUGGCUGUCUUCUGCCUUCUGGGCGGCACUGCCCCUCCUGGGCUGGGGCCACUAUGACUAUGAGCCGCUGGGGACCUGCUGCACUCUGGACUAUUCCAGGGGGGACAGAAACUUCACCAGCUUCCUCUUCACCAUGGCCUUUUUCAACUUCCUCGUGCCCCUCUUCAUCACAGUCGUAUCCUAUCGGCUCAUGGAGCAGAAACUCGGGAAGACCAGCCGUCUCCCGGUGAACACCGUCCUGCCAGCCAGGACGCUGCUGCUCGGCUGGGGCCCCUACGCUCUCCUGUAUCUGUAUGCCACCGUCGCGGAUGCAACCUCCAUCUCCCCCAAGCUGCAGAUGGUGCCCGCUCUCAUUGCCAAGGCAGUGCCCACAGUCAACGCCAUGAACUAUGCCCUGGGCAGUGAGAUGGUGCACAGGGGAAUCUGGCAGUGCCUCUCGCCACAGAGGAGAGAGCGCAGCCGAGAGCAGUGAGCCGCUCCGGGGGGCUGCCCAGACCCAGGCCCACCCAGGCCUUCCUGGACCGAGCCCCGGCCUGGGGAGUCCUGUCCAGCAGCCUCAGGAGUCAAGCUCCAGACACUCACCCUUCAUCCCCGAUGGCCCUUUGAGCCUGGCCCAAGGCUGGACACGGGGGAUUCGGAGAAAAACCAGACUGCAUGGAACGAGCCCGGACUGUGGAGCCACACGGACCUGUGUUGGCCACAGCUCUCCGCGUAGAGGCUGAGAGACCUUGGAAAAGUCACAGUCUCUGGCUCAGCCUCCUGGCCUCUAACGUAAGGAUGUUAAUACGGACUUUGGGUCUGUCGUGAAGCUUGAACUUGAUAGCAUAUACUCAUAUGCACAUAGAAGCUGCUGCUCAUUAGUACAGCUCUUAGGAUUCAGAGACUUACAUAGAAAGGGGUGAAAGCCCCAGGUUUGUUUGUGGGAGCUCAACCCAGGCUGCAAGCAUUCAAACACCUCUUAUUAAAUCGUGAUCUCGUACAGGUGACUUCCGCUU